AAUCUUAUCUCGAGACUCGUGGGGCGUCCCAGCCCGCACCCCCGGCGGCAGCGGCCCUGAUCCAGCGGCUCUGAGCCAUGUACUCUCGCAGCAGGUUGGUGGGCUCGGGGUCUGGGGCCACCCCCGCGACCCGCCCCGCCUGGGACCACUCUGCGCGGAGCGGGCAGCUGGACCCGCUGCCAGGCCAGAGACAGGGUUUGGAGUCGGCCCCCGAGGACCCUUCGCGGGACACCCCAGAGCACGCAGGCCAGAGGCUCCAGCACACAGGCGCAUAUACCUUGAUAACACCAAAUGAAAGCCGAAGAAACCAGAUACGACGGAUUGCUGAGACAGAACUGGAGAGCCUGGAGAAAUGGAAGGAGCAGAAUAGAGCUAAACCAGUUAGCCUGGUGCCAAGACCGCUGGGUGGAAGACAAUCAGAAGCUGAAGUCAGGCAGAAACAACAACUCCAAUUGAUGCAAUCUAAAUACCAGCGAAAGCUAAAAAGAGAAGAAUCUGUGAGAAUGAAGAAGGAGGCCGAGGAAGCUGAGUUCCAAAAAAUGAAGGCAAUUCAGAGAGAGAAGAGCAAUAAACUAGAGGAGAAAAAGAGACUUCAAGAAAACCUCAGAAGAGAAGCAUUCAGAGAGCAUCAGCAAUACAAAACUGCUGAAUUCUUGAGCCGACUGGACAUGGGAUCGCCAAACAGAAGCACCUGCCAGACUGCUCUUCGUGACCCACAAUCCUCAGCAUGGAAACUUCCUGUCUUGUCUAAGGAUAACUGCUGGGCCAGAAGCUGGAGUUAUAAAGAUUCUCUGAAGGAAGAAGAAAACAAAAAAUUGCAAAAAAUGAAGGAUGAACAACACCAGAAGAGUGAAUUAUUGGAACUUAAGCGACAGCAACAAGAAGAAGAAAGAAGCAAAACCCACCAAGCUGAACACAGGAGGGUAAAUAAUGCUUUUCUGGACCGACUCCAAGGCAGAAAUCAACCAGGUGGCCUCCAGCAGUCUGGAGGCUAUUGGAAUAUGGAUCAUGGUAACAGCUGGGAUUUUUAAGAAAUAUUUACUUCCACCUGGCCUUCGUCAUCCAACUUGAAAACCCUCAAGAGAUGCUUUUUAUAAAUAUGACUUUGUUCAGCCUCACUUUUUACGUUGACUUCAACUGUCCACCUGCUCGUCUCAGCAGUCGGGUACGGCUGGUUUCUGCCUGUCGUUAUUUGUGCAGUUUGCAGGAGCUGGUGACUGAACUCAUGUUUAACCUUCAAUGCCAGCGAAAUGUUACAUUAUAUUUCUAACUGGCUUUACCUCUUCUUGGCAAUGCAAUUACAAUAAUGUUCGUGUAAUAGGGAAGAGGGAAUCUUUUGAUACUUUCAGGUCACUGAGAGCCCUGGGUGCAGCAGGCUGGUCUCUCUAAGCAGAUAAUUCUUGCCUACUUCUCAGAUCAGGUUUGGGGGAGCUUUGGGGCCUUACAGAUUUUUAAUUCCUAUUUUCUUAUGUCUGUAUGUGAGCAAAAGGAAAAUAGUUUCAUAUCUAUUCUUUUAACCAAAUUUAUCAAUAAAUUUUGAGCUAUUUCUGUAUAAA